AUGUUGAGAAAUCAAGGAUCGCAAAAACCAAAGUUUCACAUAGGCCUGUUCUACAAUGAGUCGUGUAUCGCUGGCGUGGAUGUGGGCCGUAAGAUAGGCCGACACAAUCAAGUAUUCUCCCCACAUUUCGUCCGUGAUUGGUCAAUUCUUGUGGCUUGCGGCUUGCGACGUCACAUGCAACGCAUUAUGAAUAUUAUGGAAUUAAUAAAAUUGUUACUAUAUGGAAGUUUAAUAUUAAGUUACGUUACGGCUCUUUAUCAACAUAAAGAAAAUGUAUUCGACAAACCUACAAUAAGUAACAAGCAAACAGACAGAUCACAAACAACGAGAACUAGGAGAUCAGAAAAAACAGAAAUCAUAUCCAACGAUACACACGCUCACAUAUACAUAGUGUCUACAACGUGUAGCGAACAUGUUACAACAGUACUUGUCAAUUUUCGUUUGCCUGAUUUUAUAAUACCAAAAGAAUACAAAAUUGAUUUAAGAUUAAAUACAGAAGAAGAUAUCUUCUCCGGAAUGAGUAACAUUACCAUUCUGAUUAAUAAAACUACACAAAAUAUAAACCUGCAUUCAGCAAAUUUAGAAAUAACUAAUUGCACGUUAACUGGUAUUAUUGAUGGAGAAAUAAAGAUGUAUGCGAUACGUAAUCUUAACUAUAUACACGAACUACAAAUUAUCGUCUUGGAUUUUAUUGAUACCCUAUAUCCAGAUGAAUAUAAUUUGAGCAUGAGGUAUAAAGGUGUCAUUGAUAAUGAUGUUGGAGGAUUUAUCAAGAUACCAUAUAUAAAUGCGAUAGGACAUAAAAAAUGGCUUUUCGCGACAAAUAACACAGCGACAGGAAUGCGACGUCUAUUUCCAUGUUGGGACGAACCGGGAAUAAAAGCUAAAUUUACCAUUGCUAUAAAAUAUCCUGAACAUUACAAUGUUUUUUCAAAUAUACUUUCUCUUCGCUCAUCGUUAACGGUGACAGAAUUUGUUACAACUCCUGAAAUCCCUACGUACCGUAUAGCAAUUUUGCUACUCGAUAAAAAUGAUUAUACUUAUAUUUCCCCUGUACAAAAUCUUGAAUUAUGGAGAAGGAAAUCGGUCGAAGAGCAAUGGAAUCAAAUUUUAGAAUUAAUUAAAGAUGUCACAGUCGCAGUUAAAUUUAUGUGGCGACCAAAAGAAUAUUUAAUGAGAAAUAAAUAUGCGAUCGCAGGUUUGACAGGUGAUAGCGUGGAUAAAUUGCAGUUCGAACUUUACAGAGAAGAAGAUAUUAUUUACAAUGAAGAAAUAGAUCCUAUCGCACGCAAAAUUGAGUUAUCACGUAUAAUAGGACGUAAAGUUGUGGGUCAAGUGUUUGGUACUGCGGUUAGUCCAUCAUGGUGGUCUUACAUGUGGCUAAACGAGGGUAUUGCUACGUUGUUCGGCGUGUACAUAAUCAAUCAGACUAUGCCAGAUAUUCGGAUGUUGGAUUUGUUCGUAGUCCAAACUCAACAAGAGUCUCUCCGUCUAGAUGAUUCACAAAUUAUGAAACCUCUUGAUUCAGAAGUUAACAGUAUCUCUGAAAUUAAUUCUCUUUUCUCUUUCACCUAUUACAUAAAAGCACCUUCUAUAUUGCGUAUGCUGCAUCAUACAGUGGGUGAUGAAAUUUUUCAGAAAGGAAUUAAAGCAUAUAUGAAAAGAAAGACGGGUAGUUUGGACGAUUUUUGGACUGUAAUGCAAUCUGUCUAUGAUUCACAAACUAUGGAUUUGGAAAAAAUUAAUGUAAAAGGCUUGAUGAAUCCUUGGAUACAAAAAAAGCAAUAUCCUAUUCUUAAUGUAACGGAAACCUUUGAAUGGACGCAAAUUGUUAUAAAAACCGCUUCCAAACCCUGGUACUGGACGGUACCAUUAACAAAUCAAGUGUAUAUAAAUUUAAAACGAAUUUUACCCAACUUUUGUUUAACCCGGGAACAAAAGCACUUUCUUGCAAAAUAUUACCCUGAUUGUCCUGAUAGUCAAUUUAUAAUAAUUAAUCAGCAACAAACAGGAUAUUAUCGUGUAUUUUAUAAUUUGGAAAGUUGGUUAAGAAUCGUAAAUUGUCUUAAUUCCGAAAAUUAUACAAAUAUUAAUGUCUUAAAUCGUGCUCAAAUCAUCGAUGAUACGUUCCAUUUAACAAUAUCAGGCGAAUUAGAGUCUUCUAUAUUUUGGGAAGUCGCAAGCUAUCUAAAGUGGGAAACGGACUAUAUACCAUGGUAUUCUAUGUUCAAAGCUGCUGAACACAUGUUAUACAUUUUACCGUUUCAUAGUACCGAUAGUGCAAUAUUCAAGACGAAACUACUAAUGCAACUGGUUCCGCUUCUUGAAAAGAUUGGGUACGAGGAAGAACCUAACGACGACAGCUUUAUUAAAUGUUUAAGACAAGAAGCUCUAAGAUGGGCAUGUAUUCUCGGUGAUAGCAAAUGCAAAAAGCAUGCUGAAUUUAAAUUGCAAUGGCAUUUGUCAAAUACAACGUAA